CGCGGGGAAUCCCCGCUUUGACCGGGUAUGGGGCGGGUAUGGGUAAAACCCGCAAAAAGUUUGAUGGGUAUGGGGCGGGUAUGAUUUUAGCCUCCCCCGCCCCAUACCCAUACCCAUACCCGCCCCACCAAGAGAAUUUCUUCACAUAUAAAAAAAAUAUGUGGAUUAAAUUGUAAUCUAUCAAUGAUGAUGAUGAUAACUCGAGAAAAUAAAUAGUAGAAAUGCAAUUGAGUAACCACCUCAAACAAAACCUAAUUCAUUUCCCUCAAUUCUCCUUCCACUCUUUCACUUUCCCCCUUGUCAACAAGAUUAUGUUAGUUAAUUAUUACUUAGUAAAUGUAUCAAGAGUUAGAGCAUGAUAAUUUAAAAAUAUUAUAGUCUAUAUUAUGUAUUAAUGGAUGUUUUAGGAUCAUAUUCUUUGAAUCGUAUUUAGAAAAUGACCGUGUUUUGUUGACUUCAUGAUAUAUAGGUUUAUUUAUGGUUAUAAUUAAAACUUUUCUUGUAAGUUUUAGGUAUAAUAAUGUUGGAUGUACGGGGAUGGGUAUUACCCAUGGGUACCCGAAACCCACGGGUAUGGGGAUGGGUUUCCAAAACAUUACCCCGCAUGGGUAUGGGGCGGGUAUGGGUUUGGGUGUUUGAAGAUGGGGAUGGGGAUGGUUUAGGCAAACCCGCCCCAAACCCGCCCCAUUGCCAUCCCUAAUUAUGAUGGAUAGUUGUGAUUAAGGAGGCCCACGAACCUUUAUCAUAAGCCCACUUAAUAUAAUACAUACCAAAUAAUACCCAACAGCCCACCCAAUCUACUUUUCAUUUUGGAUAAAUACAAAUUUAAUAUCCAAACCUUUUAUUUUAAACAAUAUAUUAGCCAAACCUUUUCGAAAACAAUCUAAUAUCCAAAUCGUCAACUUUUUGUCUGUUUGACCGUUAGUUGACACUUCAAAAAAGUUCGAAGUAUGACACUUCAUCAAUAUCUAUCGAUAUCUUCUCUGAAAAACCACCAACAUAUCGUAGUUCCAGACCCGGGAAGUCUCUGACUCCACCAUGAUGGUAUAGAAUAUCUAAAUAUUCAGUCAUCUGCAAUGUCAAAACAAGAAAACAAAGUUGUAUUGUGACAAUUUCCCCUAAACGAAGCUUUUUUGAAGUGUCAACUAACGGUCAAACGAACAGAAAGUUGACGAUUUGGAUAUUAGAUUGUUUUCGAAAAGGUUUGGCUACUAUAUUGUUUAAAAUGAAAGGUUUGGAUAUUAAAUUGUAUUUACCCCUUCAUUUUCUAUCGAACCGUGCAGUUUUUCGUUGAUUCUUGCAAAACGUCGUCGUUUCAUCACUCUCGUGCCAAUCUGCUGCCCACUUUCCCAGUUUCCCCUCGGCCCUCAGUCUCUGACUGACGUAAGGCAAACAUCUCCCUCAGUCCCACUCUCCAGAGCUGCAGCAGCUGAGCUCAGCUCCCAUCCGUCUCCGUUCUGCGAUAAAUUUCCAACAUUUCCGCCCGUCGAUCAGGCAGCGACGGCGAAUACUCCGCUUCCAACAAGUAAGGCUCUUCUUCUUCUACUACUUUCCUUCCUCCUUGUGUUCUCUGUCUAAUUACGGCGCGAAUUCCUCUCUUCGCGGGGAAACAUCACCACUUCCCUGAUUUCGUGGUCUCGUUCGCUGGCGAAAAUGCGGUGACUCCGGGCCGUGAUCCGAUUCGAGUGCGAGUUGGAAUAUGUCAUCGCUUCCUUCCUUUUGUUCUCUGUUGGAUGGAAAUGGCGGUUCCGAUUUUCUCCUGAAUUGGGGGAAGAAUUUGGGCUUUGCUUGCUUUCGUAGAUUCUUCUGCGAGAGCUGCUUUUUCUUUCCCCUUUCGAUGAUAGAAUUUGAAAUACGGUCGUGUUCGCUUCACUUCCCCUAUGGUUUAGCUGAGCUUUGUGAUGGUGGUUGUGCUUUCCAGAGCAAAUGCUGAAACUGUUUUUGUGGUAUGUUGGCUAUUGUUGUUUCUUUGUCACUAUUCCUUCUUGUUGUGAUCUUGCUAUCGUGAUUGCAUUGGACCACAUAAAACAAGCUGCCAAUGCUUGUAAAUGUUCUUCCACAAGUAGAAAAGAAGCAGAAAUGUGACUGGAAAACCAACUAUGAAAUGAUUUUUGUUUGCGCUGGAUGCUUCGGGUUAAGCUUUAGUUGCUUGACCAGAAUAUUAUCAUGUUGCUUGCAGGUUUAACUUGAACCGUUUAAACCAAAGGACGGAGUUAACUCUCCGGUCAAUUUUUCCAAUUGAACCCUGAUUUCUAUGGUUUCGUCCACUAUGUCGUCUUCAUCCACAGCUACAGUUUGCUCCACCAUGUUGUCUUCAUCCAUGGUGGUUGUCCCCCAUUGUUCCUCCAACCUUAUGCCUUUUUCUCCCCUGAAGUCUCGACAGAGGAUGCCACUGAUAAGGGCUAUGAGUUCAGACACAGGACACGACCAGCCUCUUACAUCUUCCAGUACUAAAAGCCCACUGUCAGUUGUUUUGGAGGUCCCCAAAACUCUGUGGAGACAAACACUUAAACCGCUAAGUGAUUUCGGGUUUGGUAGGAGGAGCAUUUGGGAAGGUGGGGUGGGAUUGUUUCUUGUAUCAGGUGCAGUGCUUCUCGCACUCAGUUUGGCUUGGUUGAGAGGGUUUCAGCUUCGGUCUAAAUUCAGGAAGUACCAGGCUGUAUUGGAGUUUUCUCAGGCUUACGGUAUUUGCACUGGGACACCUGUUAGGAUUAGAGGGGUGACUGUUGGCAAUGUUGUUAAAGUUAACCCUUCCUUGAGAAGUAUCGAAGCAGUAGUGGAGGUUGAAGACGAUAAAAUAAUCAUACCGAGGAAUUCACUGGUUGAGGUUAAUCAGUCUGGUCUCCUUAUGGAAACCAUGAUCGAUAUUACCCCUCGUGACCCUAUUCCAACACCCUUAAAAGGACCUCUUGAUUCUGACUGUGUCAAAGAAGGCCUUAUUGUUUGUGAUAGACAGAGGUUAAAGGGACAUCAAGGAGUAAGUUUGGAUGCACUGGUCGGGAUAUACACUCGUAUUGGACGUGAGAUGGAAGAAAUCGGCGUUGCCAAUACUUUUUCACUGGCUGAGCGUGUGGCUGCUGUUAUUGAAGAGGCACAACCACUGCUUGUAAAGAUCAAAGCCAUGGCAGAAGAUGUCAAGCCUUUGUUGGCUGAAGUCCGUGAAACCGGCCUGGUGAAGGAAGUUGAGGCUUUAACUAGAAGCCUUAAUCAAGCUUCUGACGAUUUAAGAAAGGCGCAUACGUCAAUUUUAACGCCUGAGAACACCGAGUUAAUUCAAAGAUCAAUUUAUAGCCUCAUUUUCACUUUGAAGAACGUUGAGAACAUAAGCUCUGACAUUCUGGGAUUCACUGGCGACGAGGCAACUAGGCGAAAUUUGAAAGCACUUAUCAAGUCCCUCAGUAGGUUGCUGUGAAAUCAUAAAGUGCCAGUGCAAGAACUGCUGUUCCAUUGACCGAGCGAGUAUGAGAGGAAUGCAAUCUGAUUCCGGCCCAUAUAGGUUCUCUUUCUUUCUUUCGAUUCCCUCUGGUUUUGCGAUUCUAGCUAGUGCUAAAGCUGUAACUACUUAAUUAAUUUUUACUGGUGGUAGUUUUGUUAAGUCAUUGAUCUUCUUUAAAGUCCGAAGAAAUGGACGUUCUCAUAGCUACAUUUACAUCAGUACUACGUCAAAUUGCCAACCCCAUAAAGUUAUGGUCGAGAC